CUUCCCUUACUUACUUGAGGCAGUCAGUGUGUCACAUAUAUAGAUAUACAUACCAUUGAUUUGAUGUCGGUGUCUGUCUGUCUGAUGCGUGCAGUGCAGUGCAGCAUGCUGCAAAAACACCACAGACAGACAGACACCGACAUGCAACACAGACAGACAGACACGUCUACUCUGAAUCAUCCAUCGGUCAUUCAUGGCUGUCGAUCCAGUUGCUCGUGGUCGUCCGCUGCCGGCCGAUCCACACAGGUCCCACAAAGCCAUCCAUCCAUCUGCUGCUGGUCUUCUGACACACCACCAUCGUCAACGGCCGCAGCAGCAGAUCGGAGCUCCCUGCUGCCCAAUUCCACCAGCUCUGCCUCUGAGCCAGGCUCAUGCUCGGCGGCGAUGGCAUCAUCUACCUCACCCUCACCCUCACCCUCUCCCUCUUCGCCCAUGUCAGUGGAGGCCAUCCUCGUCUCAUCUCCACCCGCAGCCACACCACCAUUCCGCUGCUGCUGCUCCAGAGACUCAUCCACCACAAGCACCAGCUCCUCCUCCUCCUCUCCCCUGUGACAAUCCAUCCCUGCCGGCGGCGUCUCAUCACCAAUAAACCCAAACCCCGCCCGUGUCGCCCGGUCCAAGAUGUUGCCGUCAGACGGGCUCUUGACCAUCCCACGCACCAGGCCACGCUGAGGCAGCAUCGGCUGUGGAUGCUGGAUGGACGGUGGGGGUGCGUUGCGCGGCGAGGGCUCGCCCAAGGUGCCGGUGAAGGACUCCGCCGCCCCUGGUGCUAGGGGCAGUCGUGAUUGUGACUGGAAGCGCUGGAGGGGGGGCGAGAUUGACUGGGGGGAGAGGCUGGGGCUCAUUGCGGGGGAGCGACCAAUGGAGGCCUGCAGAAAAGAGAUAAUGAGACAUACAAUGAAGGAAGAAGGGAUGUCAGAACGUCUGUGUCUUUCUUGUCUCGGCUUGUCUGUCUAUGCGUGGCUGGCUGACCUGCAUCUGCAUGUCCCAGUGUGAGUGUGCCCUGAACAUGCCCCCGCCAGGCCGCCUCUUGCUGCCGCCCCCUUUGCGCCUCCGGAGGCCGUCCACCAGCCGCGCCAAAGAGUUCUUGCUCAUCUGCCGGAGGGUGUGGACAACAGGGUUGGAUGACGACUUGGGCAGGGGCGGCACGGCGGGGUCAUUGUAGUUGAAGAUGCGCGACCGAAGCAUGCUCGGCGUCAUCAUGCCGAGAGUCAUCCUGCUUUGGUAGGUAGAGUCAAGCAGAAACCACGACAGACAUGUUGAGCUGACUGAGGGAGCGUGUGUCGUGUGUUGUGUGUGGUUGGGAAGGCCACAUCACUCACCUGCUGAGAGCGCCUCCCGCCAUCGGCUGGUUGGGGCUGUUUGAGCCAGAGAAGCGGAAGGGGCUGAACCGGUGGGGCGUCAUGGGGCUGACGUCAUAUACACGCACAGCACACAUAAGUACUUGUAUGUGUGUGUGACAGAGGUGGGUGGAUGGGAUGAGUCGGUGGGCUUACUGUACCCGGCUGAUGUGACGGAUGAGCCCACAGAGCUGUUGGACAGUGACGUCAUGCCCGACGUCGUCCGCGCUAUCAGCAGAUUCUGACUCGGCUCCCACCCGUACCGCUUGCACAGCUCCUUGAUCGCCUACGUCCAUUCAUCCAUCCAUCCAUGCAUCCAUCCAUCCAUCCAUUCCCACACACACCGGACACACACACAGCACUGUUGCAGGCCGCAAAGAGCAGCUGCUGGUAUGUAUCUGGCUCGGCCGGCUCGGCUAACCCUGAUGGUGCUCCUCUUGGGUUGUCUCCUCUUCCUAUUAGCGCUGACGUCGUGCACCGUGUCCAUCUGCCCGAUGUGGUGCAGCCGGAUGACCGCUCCUGGGUUGAUGUCGAUGGCGAAGUCCUCGGGCAGCGGGUGGUGCACGAGGGCGAACACGCACGACGCCACGGCAGACGCCAUACCCAUCAGGUGAUACCCACCCUGACACACACACACACACACACACACACAGGCGGGCACACGCACACGUUGUGUGAGGUUGCGUGUGGGUGCGGCGCUUACCUCAAGGACGAGCCCGCAUUUGCCCUCACAGUGCACAUCCGCCAGCUGCAGGAGCUGCGACACCAUCCACCCAUAGCAGUUGGGCGACACACGGCAGCCGCCCACGCGGUCCUGAUAGCAUAAUGCAAAUCGGUGGAUGGAUGGAUGGAUGGAACUGACACGCUACACAAGAGUGAAUGCCCCUCAUACCGCCCACACCACACGCGUCGCGUACCCUCUGCACGGCGUCAAAGCCUGCCGAGACGAGGAUGAAGUUGGGCUGGAAUAUGUUGCAGGCGGGCAGCAGGAUCUCCCGAAAAACAUGAUACAGAUCGGGGUCGCCGUACCUGCAAGCACCAAGCAUCACACCGCACCGCAGCAUACCAGUGAGUGACCCUCACCCACCCCCACCACAAGCUCACCCCCUGUCCAAUGGCAGACUGAUGGUGCCACCUUCUGCUGCGUCGGGUGUGAGUUUCAGGCGGCUGUCCUUGCCUGGAUAAAACGUCUUGCCGCCCCGAUGGACAUCGAAAAACAGAAUGUCCUCAUCCUGCCCGACAAGCUCAUAAGUGCCGUCGCCCAGAUGCACGUCAAAGUCGACGAUCAUGAUGCGCUCGACGUGGUGUCUGCUCUGCAGGUAGCGCGCGGCCGUGGCGACGUUGUUGAUGAGACAGAACCCACCGCCCUGACUCCUGCACACACAUAGAACGGGACGGACGGAUGUCAACCAGUAGGUACGUAUUCCCCCUAAACCUCCCUUGGUGUGACUGUGUCUGUGCCUUACGCGCCGGCGUGGUGGCCAGGUGGCCGCACAAGGGCAAACCCACUCCGCACCUGGGACUCUGGAAAGAAGGUAUGACGCGGAGCAUGGCCAUAGAUUCAAACAUGUGUGUGUCACUUGAUUGACGCGUCCGUCCACCGGUUCAACCUUACUGGGGUCCAUGAUGACGUCCAUGAGAGUGAGGACGCUGCCCACCCCCGCCUUGACCGCCUCAGUGCUGCCCUCACACACAUACGUGUCGGGGUCCAUCGAAAACGGAAACCUACACACACGCACGGCCACACACACACACACACACACACACAUGCAGACGUACGUCACCAGGCGCCCAGCCCUCAUUGGGGUGAGUAGACAAGUGCAGCCAGGGCUCCCGGACGGACCCACCAGAAUUUGUUGCAUGCGAGCAUGGGAUUAGUGUCCAUCUCCUUGUGUGUGGCCUUGGCGAUUUCCCGCGCGGCGGCCUCCUUGGGCAGCCCCAGUAUCUUGUCCACGUACGCCUUGCUGUGGGCCAGCACCAGCUCGUCACGUGUGGCAGGCCGGCUGCGCAGCACCGUCAGCUCGUCAAACAGACCCUCAUCCUGACGCACGCCCACACAUACCAUACAGCAACCUAUUCGUCCAUAGAUAGUGUCGGUAAGACCUCUCCAGGCGCAACACACGCACGUCACCUUCAGGUGUUCAAUUGUCGCAGUGAGCCUCUCCGGCCGCUCAGGGUGCACAGAUGGGCCGACAUGGGCGCGGAACAGCUUCUCAAUGCUCUCGUCCCACACGAGCACCACGAUGUUCCUCCCACCAUCACCGAGAUUGAGGCUGGCCGCCGAUGGCACAUCUGAUGGCGACUUGGCCAUGGCCAGGGGCGGCGACACGUUCACCGGGUUGUCAGUGCGGACGAUCUGCACGUGAAGAUGGAGGGCCUUGGUCAGCUCUCCCCCUAUCUGGGUGAAGUCGUUGGCCCACACGGCCCUGACCGAGCCGAUCCUGCGCGAGACGUCGGCCCACUCGUUGAGGAAGCGGAGAACGUUGCGCGUGAAGCGGCCUAAAGCGGUCUUGAUGAAGACAGUGGAGAGCUCGGGCGACAGCAGCUCGGCCGCAGACACAUGAGCACGCUCCAGCUCGGCUUCUCGCCUGAUCGGAAGAGAGAAAUGGGUGGCUUGCUUGUUGGUGCUGGUGCUUGGUCCCUCUCGUAUGUGUGGGUGUGGUGUGAGCGUGUUUACUUUUGCAGCGGCGAGUGCGAUAGGUUGUCCAGUGGGUCGACCGACUCGUGCAGUCGCGUGAGGACAUAGGUGUUGACGUUGACCACGUUGUGCAGCACGAACUCCUUGAAGGACGAUAUCUACGUUCACACAAACACAUUGGCUUGCCAGCCAGCCAAGUCACAUGACAAACAUGCACCAUCGCCUUCCUUCUCACUCACCCUCUCGCCCGCCAGCUCCACCAGCAACUCAGCAGCCACACGGGCACCACACGCAUGACCCUCAGGCAACACACCUGCACACAUACAACAUGCAUGCCCACAUCGACCCUUGUUGCUAUUCACUUUCCCCCUCCACCAUCCAUCCAGGCUGGCUGACCGUUGCUGAAUGCGUGCAUGACCCAGAAGGCGUCAUUAGUGUCAUCAUAUCGGCACACAAACUUGGCGAAGCCCUGCAGGAAGCCGAACCCGAACAGCCACCGAGGAGGCGCGUCGCGAAUGUAAAAGAUGGCGCCCUCCCUGGGGGUCAGUGAGUAGCACGCACACACACACACACACGCACGCACGCACACGGGCCGUGCGUGAAUGAUUCUCGGGGGAGUGGGUGAGUGUUUUACUUGACUUCCGAAUCGGUCUUAUCGUCGUAGAUCAUGUUGGCGCCCGUGUACUUGAUGAGGCCGUCAAACUGGACGCCCUCAUCCUCUUUGUGACAAGCAAACACCGGACAGACAAAUAGGCGAUCUGGAGUGACCAUCCAUCCAUCGCAUCACAGGUGACUCACUUUUGUCAAUCCAGUAGGUGAGCUUCUCCUCGUCUUCGCCAAACACGCUCGCCAGACACCACGUGCACGUCCACACAGGCACGAACCGCCGCAGCUGCGGAGAUCGAUCAGUCACAGCCACACACAGAACGAUGAUCAACAAGUCAAUCAAUGAGUGGCUGCGUGUUAGUCCUUGCCAGCAGCGACGUACCUGCGGCGGCAGCUCUCUCGGCCGCUGAUGCGGCUCGGCGCUCUUGAGGUUGUCGAGCGUCAUUCGUGCAGUCGCACCGCUCUCCCCGGCGGAUGCCUCAACUCCACAAAAACAUGGAGAUCCGGCACGUGAGUGGGUGGGGGGAGUCUGUUUGGGCAGUGGCAGAGAGAUGGGAU